GGGAAGUGCACGAAGCCAAAAAGACGUUGGUCGCUGACUGUCUUGUCUUACCUGCAUGAGAAACCUUUGGCCCUUGUGUAUAUAUCUUGCCCCUCCCCCGCCAUCCUGAACAUUCCGUCUCGCAUCCCAUUCUCACGACUCAACUCUAGCCUCACUACUCUAUUUUUUUUUUGAAAGGGUUCCCAUCACAGACACAAUGGCUGACCAGCGUCCCCCUCCCCUCCGCCUGGGUACCGUUGCCCCUAACUUCAAGGCCGACACCACCAAGGGCCCCAUCGACCUGCACGAGUACAUUGGCGACAACUGGCUUGUCUUCUUCUCGCACCCGGAGGACUUCACCCCCGUCUGUACCACCGAGCUGGGCGAGAUGGCGCGCCUUGAACCCGAGUUUACCAAGCGUGGUGUUAAGCUGCUGGGCCUGAGCGCCAACACUGUUGAUAGCCACGAGGGCUGGGCUGCUGAUAUCAAGGAGAUCAGCGGCAACACCCUCAACUUCCCCAUUGUGGCAGAUAAGGAGCGCAAGGUUGCCUUCGCGUACGACAUGCUCGACUAUCAAGACACAACCAACGUUGACGAGAAGGGCAUCGCCUUUACAAUCCGCUCCGUCUUUUUUAUCGACCCUAAGAAGACUAUUCGCACUAUUCUAUCCUACCCAGCCUCAACUGGCCGUAAUUCGGCUGAAAUCCUGCGUAUUGUUGACUCGCUGCAGACGGGCGACAAGAACAAGAUUACCACGCCUGUUAACUGGGUCCCUGGUGACGACGUUAUUGUACACCCUGCCGUUAAGAACGAGCAGGCCAAGGAGCUAUUCCCAGACUUCCGCAUCGUCAAGCCGUACCUGCGCUUCACCCCCCUGGCCAAGGAGAAGGCUACUGCUGGGAAAUAGAUGAAGCAAGCUGUUGCUUCUAUGGGUAGCUCCUUUGCGUGGUGUCGUGGACGGCACCAAGCACGCGAGUCUUUCUAGAUGGUCUCGGGUUAGAUGAAAAUGCCACUAUGAGUUACAAACAUCAAAAUGAAGAGUUUGGCCCAAUGGUUGUGCCCAAGAAAACAAGCAGAUUCCCAUUCCCCUGAAGUACAGAUCCCACGUCGUUCUUUGCGUGCAAUCGUUUCAGGAACUACAAGGAGGUUACGUAUGCGUUUUCCCAUCCCACUACCUAGUCGCCUACAGGUUGACAGGCAGGUUGGGCGAGUUGUUGUCGUCAGUCCCACACACAAACGUUGGCCACACACUCUCUGGAAUAUUAAGUCGCGC